GCCACCGUCACCCUCCUGACGCCCCCCGCUUGGUCUCGACACUAGAUCUGGCUAGUUAACAUGUCUGGAAUGAGCGCAAGCCUACCUCCCAGCUGGCAAGUCUUCAGGCGUACUUGGAUUCCAAGGUUGGAAGAUUAUCUCAUUCAAGCAUAGCUUUCCCAACGAUAUAUAAGCAAAGCUAGCGUGGUGGUCCCAGCAGAGCCAGCUUGAGCAUUGGGAGAUUCAUCCACAGGGGAGUACAGCCUUCAAACACUGGCAAACAUGAUGAUGAUGAAAGUAGAAGAUCUGGUGACUGGGAAGAAAACUGAUGAUAAAGAUACUGGCAGCUUCCUCCCUGAGGACUUCAAAACUGGAGAGUAUGAAGCUGCCGUAAAAUUAGAGAAGCAAGAUGACCUAAAGACAGCCUCCGAUCACCUACCAACCCAAGUAGAUAUGGCUCCCGGGAAGCAGAAGAAACAUGAGGCAGAGUUGAAGAUCAAAAAACUACAGGAGAGAUCAAAACUCGAAAACUUGGAGGACCUUGAAAAAAUUAUUCAGCUGAAGAAGAAGAAGAAAUGCAGGAAAGUGAAAGCUCCCCUUUUAAAGGAACCCGAACCAGAAGUUAUUACAGGGCCAGUGGAUAUAGCCAUGUUCUUCAGAGCUGCACUGGAGAAUAAGUUGCCAGUAAUUGAAAAAUACUUGUCAGACAAAGGGGAUCCCAAUGUCUGUGAUGAGUACAAGCGCACUGCAUUGCACAGGGCAUGCUCUGAAGGACAUCUAGAGGUGGUCAAGAAGUUGGUGGAAGCUGGAGCCCUGCUAGAACUGAAAGAUAUGCUUGAAUCUACUGCCCUGCACUGGGCAUGCCGGGGAGGAAGCCUGGAUAUUGUGAAAUUCUUACUGGACAAAGGAAUAAAUAGAAAUGCAAGAGACAAGCUGCACAGCACCCCUCUGCACGUAGCUGUGAGAACAGGGCAGUACGACUGCGCCGAGCACCUCAUUGCCUGCGAAGCAGACCUCAAUGCCAGAGACAGAGAAGGUGACACGCCGAUGCAUGAUGCUGUCAGGCUGAACCGCUACAAAAUGGUCCGGCUUUUGAUUCUCUACGGGGCAGAUCUUACCAUUAAGAAUGGCGAUGGAAAAACCCCUAUGGACCUCGUUCUUCAGUGGCAGAAUGGCACUAAAGAGCUGUUCAACAAUCUGAAGAACAACUCCUAUAAGAGCACCCAUCUAAACAAGUUUUGAAGAGACAAAAGCCAGACUGCUCUCUUUUUGCUGCUUUUAAAUGCUUCGCGUGAUCCUGGAGGAAAAUAGCCCUGAACAUACUAUAUUUAUUGAAGAUAUUUAUUGUACUAAAUUAUUUGAAAUGCCUUCACUGAAAACCACAAAUCAGGCAGAUUGAGCAUUAAGUUUCCACUGGUUUUAAAAUAGCUUUAUUUAUUCCUAUUUAUUUUAAAGGUAAUUUUUAAUGAUUCUCAUUAUUAUUUUUUUUUCAUAGUUUUAAAUUGCAAUGCAAUCUUUGUCAGCAACAUGAGCCAUUUUGUCUUGAUGGCACUAUUACCGUAGCAACUUCCAUCAAGCCUUCUCACAGUUCUCAAUAGCUAAUAUUUACAUUUGCUGCCAUGCCUCUGCAAAAUUCUCACUUUCAGAAAACUAUUUUACAUGAGUGGUGGUACGUGGAAGAGAAAAAGAAUAAUGGAAGAAGGUCUGCUGAGACCCCAAAUGGAUUUAAAGGAAUAGUUAAGUAAUGGGGUUUACACAUGCU